UUUUUUUUUGUUUUUUGUUUUUAUUUUCUUUGUUAUGUGUGUGAUAUGGAAGAUAAUAAUGCAUAUAUGAGUAGUUUGUUAAGACAAUUAACUAAUUGGGCAAAGUUAUGGAUAACACCACCAAAUAAUCAAAUUCCAUGUAAACGGAAAAUAGAGAAUAAUGGACAACAUCAAGUAGAAUGGAAUACUCGAGAAACAGAUAUUCGAUCUAGAGUUAAUUAUUAUAAAGAAGAAGAAGAAGAAGAAGAAGGACGGAUGUUUGUUAAUUCUUCUUCUUCUAUUACUACUACUACUACUACUACUACUAUUAUCAGUCAGAAGAAUAGUAGUUUAUUUCUAUAUAGCAUAACAUGUCAAAAGCUCCUCCGACAAAGACAGAAGAGACUCUAUUUAGGUGCUAUUAUACAGAUUAGACACUUUUGGGAUAAAUUAGAAAAGUCAUUAUAUAAUCAUCAUGAUAACUGUUAUUUACCACCUUCAAAACGAUUUCCAUUUAAUCCUGAUAGACCAGGUUCUCUGUAUUCUUCAAAGUCAUCACCCUUACAGCAACUUUAUAAUAAACGAAAUCAUAGAAAAUCAUUUGCUUCAUCUACAAUUGUAUAUACUUUAAUAUCAGAUAAUGAAGAUCAUUUACAUGUUUCUCCUGCUUCUUCUAUAACUAAUAACAUAACCUAUAAUAAUGAUGAUGACGAUGAUGAUGAUGAUGAUAAUAUCCCGCUUGGUACUUUACUGAGUGUAUAAUUUAUUAUACGUUUCUUUUUUUUUUUUUUCAAAUGUAUAUGCAUAUACUUUAAUAAUAAUACUAAUAAUAAAAAGGAUAAUUUAAUCUAUCUACACGGAGGGAUAUCCCCAAAAAAAAAAAAAUUAAAGGGUAGUGGGGGAGAGAGGAAAGAGGAAGGAAGGGGUAUUCAGUUGUAUUAUGUAAUAGGAGAUAUCCCCUUAUAUAUACACAUAUACAUCUAUUUGUUUAUAUAAAUAUAUGUAUUUGAUAUUAUGAUUGAAUAGAUUCAAUUGUCAAAGUUAAAGCCCUAAAACUUGAAACUAAAAAUAGAGUACCUAGAACACCAAUUAUUGCUGUCCUCUAUGUUUAUUAGAAUAAAAUAGAUAAAAUGAUUACUUACAAAUAAGAUGUCACAUAAUAAUCCAUCUUCCAAAAUACUAAAGUAAC